AUGGCUCAGUUGCUGAGGGCCACUGAUAAGGGAAAAGCCCCUAUGGCAAUCACUGGUGAGAAGGAAGAGGAUCAUCCUCUAGGCUUUACUCCACCCCAUGGGCCUACACAAAUCGAGGCACUUCGUAGGAGGCCGUCUGUCACUAUAAGGCCUCAACAUGGACCGCCUCCAUAUCCUAAAUGGUAUGAUGCAAACGCCAGAUGCGAGUACCACACUGGAAUAUCGGAGCACUCAAUUGAAAAUUGUACCGGAUUCAAGAAGGCCGUGGAGAGGUUGAUCAAGAUGGGGGUUGUAAAAUUUGAUAGUACCCCAAAUACUGAAAACCCUUUGCCAAAUCACGACGAUCAAGAAGUGAAUGCCAUCGGCGAAGCUAGUGAGAGAAGGAUGAAGGAAAAUGUUGCUGAGGUGAGGAUGCCUAUGAAGGUGAUUUGGGAGGAGAUGAUGAAGAGAGGGAUGAUAACCUCUAGGAAAGAAAUAGAAAAAAGGAGGAACUACUGUGUGUUCCAUGGAGAAGAGGGUCAUGAGACCCAAAAUUGUGAAGAAUUCAGAGCAUUGGUCUCUUAUAAAAGAGAAAUAAGUGUGCUGAAAGAUGAACAAAAAGGAACCAGCCAGCCAAGGAUUAUUAUCUCCCUGCCAGGGAAUAACGAAGUGGGGACACCAGCAGUGCCCAAGGUCAUUAUCCAUAAGCCUACUCCUUUCCCUUACAAGGAUAGCAAGAGAGUACCAUGGGGUUAUGACUGUAGUGUGACAGUGCCGGAGGAAGAAAAUAUAACUAGCGCAUCUAAAGACGUGCAAGUUGAAUGUUCCCACACGUGGAGUGGGAAGCAUUAUGAUACGUGGGGCGUCAGAGAGAGGCCCACAAAAGCAAAAGGUGUUAGUACGAAGAAAGAGAAAGGGGCUGAAAUGCCUGUUAAGGAGCCAGUAAAGGAAGAGGAGGCUAAGGAAUUUCUAAAGUUUCUUAAGUAUAGCGACGCGGAUAAUUUCAUCUACUUUAAUGAUGAUGAAAUCCCACUGGGGGGCAGAGGGUCAACUAAGGCCUUGCACAUUACCACUCGUCGCAAGGGGUACACACUCCCAAGCGUGCUCGUUGAUAAUGGAUCGGCUUUGAAUGUUUUACCGUUGUCUACAUUAAACAGAUUACCCGUUGACGAUUCUCACAUGAAGACAUGUCAAAAUGUGGUAAGAGCCUUCGACGGUACAGAAAGGAAGGUGAUAGGAAGAAUUGACAUUCCCUUGGAAAUUGGGCCGAACAUGUAUGAAGUAGACUUCUUGGUAAUGGAUAUCAAGCCUUCCUACAAUUUCUUAUUAGGUAGGCCAUGGAUACACUUGGCGAGAGUGGUGUCCUCGUCGUUGCACCAGAAAUUGAAAUUAGUGACCGAUGGACGGUUAAUAACCAUCAAUACGGAGGAGGACAUUAUAGCCGCAGUCAUUAGCAAGGCCCCUUAUGUCGAGACGAAUGAAGAGUAUAUUGAGUACUCCUUCCGCUCUUUAGAAUUUGUGAAUGCGACUUUCAUUUCGGAAGGGAGCGAGCUACCGGUGCCAAGAAUAGCAAGAGCUACGAGGAUGGCUCUACAUAUGAUGGUAGGAAAGGAAGCCUUACCAGGAAAAGGAUUAGGGAAAUACCUACAAGGAGGGACUCAAAUCCCAGAACUUAAAGAGAAGAGAGAUCGCUUUGGUCUAGGUUUUAAACUAGAUUAUAAGCAAAGGAGGAAGGAAAUUGAGAAGUGCCAAGAAGGAAGAAGGGCACGCCUUAAUAGAAGAAAAGUGGAGUGGGAACCCAUGAAAUUCCCUCCAAUAUCCCAAACCUUCCUAUCGAGAAGUGCAUCGUCUUCCAAUAAGACAGGAUUGCAAGCCAGUCCACAAAAGUUGCAAAGAAUGAGGCCAGAUAUUGUACUGAAAAUAAAGGUCGAGGUUAAGAAGCAGUUCAAUGCAGGAUUCUUACAACAGGUCAAGGUACAACCAGAUAAAGAUGCAUCCUGA